CGGCCUCAAAUCGUAAAUCUCGGUGUGGGUAGGAGUGCAACGAUGGGAUUUGGCCGCAAUGCUGCCGAGCCCGAGUGUUUCUGCAACGUUAUCCAGGAGAUUUGCGCUUGCCCAAGAGGGAGUUGACGGGGAGAGUCCCAACUGGUUCCUUCAGUAACGCCACCCUGGCAGACUAUAUAACUUGUGGACAAGACUCUGCUUUGUUGAGUUCUUCCUACCAGUCUUGACCAAGACCAUUCUGUUGAGCCCAAUCAGAAAUGCGUUACCGAACAGCAGCUGCGCUGGCACUUGCCACUGGGCCCUUUGCUAGGGCAGACAGUCACUCAACAUCGGGGGCCUCGGCUGAGGCAGUUGUACCUCCUGCAGGGACUCCAUGGGGAACCGCGUACGACAAGGCGAAGGCCGCAUUGGCAAAGCUCAAUCUCCAAGAUAAGGUCGGCAUCGUGAGCGGUGUCGGCUGGAACGGCGGUCCUUGCGUUGGAAACACAUCUCCGGCCUCCAAGAUCAGCUAUCCAUCGCUAUGCCUUCAAGACGGACCCCUCGGUGUUCGAUACUCGACAGGCAGCACAGCCUUUACGCCGGGCGUUCAAGCGGCCUCGACGUGGGAUGUCAAUUUGAUCCGCGAACGUGGACAGUUCAUCGGUGAGGAGGUGAAGGCCUCGGGGAUUCAUGUCAUACUUGGUCCUGUGGCUGGGCCGCUGGGAAAGACUCCGCAGGGCGGUCGCAACUGGGAGGGCUUCGGUGUCGAUCCAUAUCUCACGGGCAUUGCCAUGGGUCAAACCAUCAACGGCAUCCAGUCGGUAGGCGUGCAGGCGACAGCGAAGCACUAUAUCCUCAACGAGCAGGAGCUCAAUCGAGAAACCAUUUCGAGCAACCCAGAUGACCGAACUCUCCAUGAGCUGUAUACUUGGCCAUUUGCCGACGCGGUUCAGGCCAAUGUCGCUUCUGUCAUGUGCUCGUACAACAAGGUCAAUACCACCUGGGCCUGCGAGGAUCAGUACACGCUGCAGACUGUGCUGAAAGACCAGCUGGGGUUCCCAGGCUAUGUCAUGACGGACUGGAACGCACAGCACACGACUGUCCAAAGCGCGAAUUCUGGGCUUGACAUGUCAAUGCCUGGCACAGACUUCAACGGUAACAAUCGGCUCUGGGGUCCAGCUCUCACCAAUGCGGUAAAUAGCAAUCAGGUCCCCACGAGCAGAGUCGACGAUAUGGUGACUCGUAUCCUCGCCGCAUGGUACUUGACAGGCCAGGACCAGGCAGGCUAUCCGUCGUUCAACAUCAGCAGAAAUGUUCAAGGAAACCACAAGACCAAUGUCAGGGCAAUUGCCAGGGACGGCAUCGUUCUGCUCAAGAAUGACGCCAACAUCCUGCCGCUCAAGAAGCCCGCUAGCAUUGCCGUCGUUGGAUCUGCCGCAAUCAUUGGUAACCACGCCAGAAACUCGCCCUCGUGCAACGACAAAGGCUGCGACGACGGGGCCUUGGGCAUGGGUUGGGGUUCCGGCGCCGUCAACUAUCCGUACUUCGUCGCGCCCUACGAUGCCAUCAAUACCAGAGCGUCUUCGCAGGGCACCCAGGUUACCUUGAGCAACACCGACAACACGUCCUCAGGCGCAUCUGCAGCAAGAGGAAAGGACGUCGCCAUCGUCUUCAUCACCGCCGACUCGGGUGAAGGCUACAUCACCGUGGAGGGCAACGCGGGCGAUCGCAACAACCUGGAUCCGUGGCACAACGGCAAUGCCCUGGUCCAGGCGGUGGCCGGUGCCAACAGCAACGUCAUUGUUGUUGUCCACUCCGUUGGCGCCAUCAUUCUGGAGCAGAUUCUUGCUCUUCCGCAGGUCAAGGCCGUUGUCUGGGCGGGUCUUCCUUCUCAGGAGAGCGGCAAUGCGCUCGUCGACGUGCUGUGGGGAGAUGUCAGCCCUUCUGGCAAGCUGGUGUACACCAUUGCGAAGAGCCCCAAUGACUAUAACACUCGCAUCGUUUCCGGCGGCAGUGACAGCUUCAGCGAGGGACUGUUCAUCGACUAUAAGCACUUCGACGACGCCAAUAUCACGCCGCGGUACGAGUUCGGCUAUGGACUGUCUUACACCAAGUUCAACUACUCACGCCUCUCCGUCUUGUCGACCGCCAAGUCUGGUCCUGCGACUGGGGCCGUUGUGCCGGGAGGCCCGAGUGAUCUGUUCCAGAAUGUCGCGACAGUCACCGUUGACAUCGCAAACUCUGGCCAAGUGACUGGUGCCGAGGUAGCCCAGCUGUACAUCACCUACCCAUCUUCAGCACCCAGGACCCCUCCGAAGCAGCUGCGAGGCUUUGCCAAGCUGAACCUCACGCCUGGUCAGAGCGGAACAGCAACGUUCAACAUCCGACGACGAGAUCUCAGCUACUGGGACACGGCUUCGCAGAAAUGGGUGGUGCCGUCGGGGUCGUUUGGCAUCAGCGUGGGAGCGAGCAGCCGGGAUAUCAGGCUGACGAGCACUCUGUCGGUAGCGUAG